GCCUGUCGAGCGCAUUUGGCUCGUCGGGUCGAAGCGGUUAGCACGUGUGGUUGACGAUGGCGACUUCUGCACAGAUGUUUGCGGGGAGAAAGCGAGAAAGCAACGUGUGGAAAUAUUUUAAUUACAGCGCAGAUAACAAUAAGAGCAAAUGUGGCGUGCGAGAAGAAACAAAAGAGUGCGGGUUUUUAGUUAGUGGGAAGAAUACAACGAACCUGAGGGCGCACUUAGCUCGACAUCAUCCAGCGACUUUAAGUGCAUUAGAUGAGGAAAACAGGACUAAAGCUGAGAAGAGAGCAAGAGACGACUCCCCAGGACCGAAGGCUGUCUGCCAGACCCCCGAGACUUGCGUGACCCGCGCUGCUACACAAUGGCUCCCAGACUCGGUCCAACACCGCCGGCAAUUAGUCGCUUUGGAGAACAUGAUUAUUGAAACCGGAUGUCCUCUUGGGUUCGUCGAUCAACCAGCUUUCAGGUCACUGGUAUCGUGUCUGGAUUCAAAGUUCAAGAUGCCAGGAUCAGCUAAGCUGCACAAGCUCCUGGUCGACAAGUGGCAGCGGUCAGUGCAACACCUGAAAGCCCUCCUGGCUUCGGCCCGCCGAGUCACCGUCUGCUUCGGGGUCUGGUCCAAACCAAACUGCACUUCGUCUUUUCUUGGGAUGUCGGCGUGCUUUUUUGAUCCCGGCUGCCACUGCUCACGCCAUGUGGUCUUACAGGUUGUCGCACUACCACACCCACACACUGGAGACCACCUAGCCGAUGCCAUUGAGAAGUGUCUGCGCGAGUGGGAUAUUGUGAAGGAGAAGGUGCUCAUGAUUGUGAGUGACAAUGGCUCAAACGUGACUCGGGCUGUUCGGCUGAUGAGUGAGAGGGUCCGUGAUGAUGAAGACAUUAUGGAUGAGACGGACACGGAGGAUGACCUUGAUCAGCAGGACGAAGGGAUGGAGAGCGAGACUGAGGAGGCCUCACUUCUUCCCGAAGCUUUGCCAUACCGACGAAUGAGGUGUGUGGCACACACGCUACACUCCGUAGUGAAAGUUGCAUACAAGUUCUACGAUGGCAUUAUCAUCAAAGCCAGGCAGUUGGUGGGAAGAGUGAGGAAGUCGGGGGUUGCCAUGGAGAAGCUGCAGAAUGCUGCUGGCAAGGUGCCCAUUUGGGAUAAUGCGACGAGGUGGAGGAGCACAUACGCCAUGAUAAAGAGACUGCUGGAGUUGAGGCCGCUGCUGAAGGACGUGCUGGACGAGAUGCAGAUGGAUUCACUGCUGGUGGCAGACUGGACAAGGCUAGAGGAACUGGCUCACUUACUGGAACCUUUCUGCUGCCAGACUGACCUUCUUCAGACCGAUGCCAUGUCUCUGUCUCUAGCCUUUCCUUCCAUUCUUGAUCUGCAGUGCCACCUUCAGUCCUCUCCAGCCGCCAAAACUGUAACAAGAGCCAUGCUGUCCAGCAUGCAUGAGCGCUUUCAGGCUGUCCUCGAUCCCAAAGCAGAUGACUUCUGUGCCCUGCCAGCAGCAAGCUGCCUUCUUGAUCCCACCGUUGCAGUGGCGCUGCUGUCUCCAGAAAUGUCUGCUGUGCGCUCGGCUGCAAAGGACUACGUAGUCUCAGAGGUUCUUCGACAUUCAGCGAGCUCAUCUGCUGACAACCAUGACGCCGUAACGGAGUCCAUCACCCCCGCGCUCAGACGUUUCCCUUUCCUGUCCACGAAGUUGGCCCAAGCAUCGAGUCGGUCACCGGCUCUCGGAGUUUCAGUGCAGGACCAGCUGGACCAGUACUUGGUGGAAGUCCAGCAUUUCCCUGGCACACUGACUGCCCUUCAGUACUGGCAGCAGAAAUCGCCAACAUACAGCCUGCUGGCGCCGGUGGCCGAGGACCUCGUCUGCGCACCUGCGUCACAGGCGUUCAUUGAGCGACUAUUCUCACUGUGCGGCUAUCUGUGCGAUGGACGUCGCUGCAACAUGAAUAGAUCUCUCGAAAUGCGCGCUUGUUUAAAGCUCAACAGCGACGUGCUGGCACAGACUGGCUUCUUGGGUUGAAACGUAGCGACGUGCUGGCACAGACUCGCUUCUUGGGUUGACACAGUUGAUCCUGCCGACUACGCUCAUUGACAGUCCGGCCGUGUUUAAUGACUUUAUGAACUGUGUGUGUAUUUGGUUGACUCAAACAUGACUUGCAUUGAAAUAUGUGAAGGCCGGCAUUUGUGCUCUUGUUACAGUAAAAAAAAAAAAAAAUGGUCCUAAAAUAAAUAUUGUAAAAAGGCCAAAACUAAAUAAAAUAAAAACUAAAACUUUUAAACACAGAACUAAG